AUGGGCAGUUGUUUGUCGAAAUCGGAAACCAAUGAGCCGCGUCGCAAAUCCAACGGCAGCGGCGGUGCUGGAGGCGCCGUGGCAGCGGAAAAACGGUCCGAAAAAUCAGCAAGGGGAUCGAAAAAUGAAUCAGAGAAGCGCCCUGCUAUCCUCAACGGCAGCAGUAGCUCUCAAAACAACUACAAGCCGCAGCAUAGUUCCGUGAAUUCGGAAGGCGUGAAGUCAACGCCCGGGAGACCCGGCGCUGGCGGAGCAGAUGCCAACAAACGGCAACAUUCUGUGGUGUCGUCCAACAGCGCGCAAUCCACAGGUCCAUCUGUGAAUUCGCUUUCCAAGUCUGGUGGCGGUUCCGCAGAUUCAAACAAGGCUCUCAAAGUUCUGCUACUUGGGUCUGGCGAGUCCGGCAAAUCCACCGUUCUGCAGCAGCUCAAAAUCUUGCAUCAAAACGGGUUUUCUCAUGAAGAGCUUGUGGACUAUAGGCCUUUCAUCUAUGACAAUAUUUUAGAGACUGGCAAAGACAUCAUCAAUGCCCGUUUGCAUUUUAAUGUACCUUUGGAGUCUGACUCAGGGCUCCAAGAAUCCGAUCUUCAGGAAGUGCUAAACUAUAGCACUCCUGGUUCCCAGUUGGUAGAAUUUCCAUCCACACUGACACAGACUUUGGCAAAAGUCUGGUCGUUGCCGUCAACCCAGAGCUUGCUCACUGGCGAACAUCGGUCUUCAUUCUACCUCAUGGAUUCCGCUCGUUAUUUUAUGAACGACUUAAAAAGAGUCGCGGAUACACAAUAUACCCCCACUGUAAGAGAUGUUUUACUCUCCAGAAAGAAAACGUCUGGUAUUUUUGACACCAUAGUCGAGAUGGACUCUAAUCUUAAACUUCAUAUUUAUGACGUUGGUGGACAAAGAAGUGAACGUAAAAAAUGGAUUCACUGUUUCGAUAACGUAACUUUGAUCAUUUUCUGCGUCUCUUUAUCGGAAUAUGACCAGACAUUAUUGGAAGAUAAAUCUCAAAACAGACUCGAGGAGUCCUUGAUUCUUUUCGACUCCGUCGUCAACAGUAGGUGGUUCGCCAGAGCCUCUGUUGUUUUGUUUUUAAACAAGAUCGAUGUCUUUGCCGAAAAAGUUCAACAUGUACCUUUGGAAAAAUAUUUCUCGGACUACACCGGGGGUCAAGAUAUUAACAAAGCUGCCAAGUACAUUUUAUGGAGGUUUGUUCAGCUCAAUAGAGCCCAUUUGAACAUAUAUCCUCAUGUCACACAGGCUACCGAUACUUCAAACAUAGAAUUAGUUUUCGCCGCAAUAAAGGAAACUAUCUUGGAAAACAGUUUAAGGGAUUCAGGUGUCUUGUGA